GCCGCCGUCCCGACGUCCCAAAGACCCGCUGCCGCUGCCGCUGCAUCCCGAUCCCGCGAUGCACUCUGCACUCCCUCACUCUCUCUCUCUCUGCCGUCUUUCCGUAACGGAAGCUCCUCUAGUGUUCUAGACCGACGGCAGCGCGGACACGCCACAAGGCCCGCCGUGCAAAUUGCCCGUGAAACGUGCAUCACCCGUUUCAAGCGAACAUGGACGUCGGGCCAAGCUCCCGAUGCGGCUCCCGCCCCAUAAACACCAAACAUGCCCAGAGUCCUGCAUCGCGGGGGCUGCAAAUUGCCCUGUUCGUAUUCGUUCGAUGACUAAACUAUGUAGUAUAUACCCCAGGUGCCGCCCGUUCGGUUUUUGCUCUUCACCCGCCUUUAGUUCGGUUAUACUUUCACUCUUUUUAUAUCUGUCAUUCUUUUAUACUGCCCAGCAUGCUGGCCCCUGCUUCUCUUGCCAUUUUGGCUCUGGCUGCUGCGCAGUCUGCCACUGCUGCCCUGACCGACGAUUCGCUGGCGAAGAAGGUCGACUCUCUCGAGCUCGAUUUCGAGUUCAACCCCGUCAAGGAGGCUUACUGGACCGGCCUGCCUCACCACAGGAGGACUCCUUUUGCCGUCUCUCCCGAUGGCAAGUCGGCGUACAUUGCCUACCUGGACAGCAGCGAGACGGACGUGCACAUCCAGCAGGUCGACCCCUCGACCUUCACUGCCACUGGCACCACCGUCACCGUCUCCGGCGGUAAGGAGGCCGGUGGUCUCGUCGCCCACAACGACGGCUUCGCCCUCCUGACCAACGAGGCCAUGCCGUCGGGCACGAGCAACGCCCCCGCCGACAGCACGCCCGUCCCCGUCAUGUACCGCUACACGAGCGGCAAGCAGACGUGGAAGACGUGGCUGGGCGGGCCGGGCGUCCACGCGGACGAUGGCUUGUCCGCCUCGCCCGACCUGAAUGGCGACCUGGUCUACUCCAGCAAGGCGGGCAUGUACGGCGCCUACUUCGUCGUGACGGACUACUCUGGCGACGCGUCGGGCCACUUUGGCGACAGCAUCCAGUACGUGCAGGAGGACGGGACGCUGAAGACGAUCGCGGGCGCGUCGAGCUCGUGGGGCUGCAGCCACAACACGGGCAUUGCGUUUGAGGCGGCCGACGAGGCGCCGUUCGCGUCCAUCUGCGCCGAGGACCAGGGCGACAUCUGGCUCAACACCAAGACGCAGGGCAUGAGCGCCGACGGCGUCAAGAUCUCCAACGAGAACACGACCAACGGCGCCAGCAACGAGGCCAUGGGCGGCAUGUCGGGCUCGUACAGCAACCUGGCCCGCUUCGGCGAGAGCACCAACUACAUUUUCUCGUGGGUGUCGCGCGGCGCGACGGACCUGUACGCCAACGAGUGGAUGGGCGACGGCUUCGUCAGCUCGCUCAACCGCACCAACAACCGCAACGUCGCUGUCGCCGUCAUGAGCGACAAGGCGACGCUGAUCGGCGAGCAGGCCUCCUCCGUCGUCGGCACCAAGGACGGCGACUCCCAAAUCAACUGGGUCACCUCGGGCUCCAACGACUGCAGCAACGCCCACGCGGCCGCGUUCGACGCUUCCACGGCCCUCGUCACCUGGGAGGAGGCGGCCAACCCUCAGUGCGACAACAUCGCCAUGGGCUGCGCCGGCGAGUUCGUCGGCUCCUUCUUCCAGCUCUACGGCAAGGACGGCACGAAGCAGGGCGAGGCGCUCAAGAGCACCGAUACCUAUGUCGCUGGUGACAUGGUCACGAUGUCCGACGGCAGGAUUUGCUGGCCUUAUGUCGCUAUGGACUGGGAUCUGAGCACCCCGGUUGGCUAUGGUGCCGCCAAGACGACCAAGAAAAUGUCGUUCGCUUGCAUGGCUGCGUCGGGCUCUGCGGGCUCUUCUACUGCUGCUUCCGCCUCUGGCUCUUCUUCUUCUGCUGCCGCCGCUGCCGUGAAGGCUACCUCCUCCGCCGCCGCUGCCGUAAAGGCUACUUCCGCCGCCGCCGCCGCCGUGGAGGACGCCACUUCCGCCACCGCUGACGUCGCCGCCGUGCAGUCUACUGCCCAGAUCGCUGAGGCCCAGUCGCACACCACCCUGCAGACGCAGGUGCGCGCUUCCGCCACCGCUACCGCUGCUGCUGAGGCUGUCGAGUCCACUGCCGCUGCUGCUGCUGAGUCUACCCCCGCUGCCGAGUCGACCCCUGGCUCUUGGCCUUGGUCUGGCGGGAGCUGGUUCUGGUGGUAAUGGAGAGGGUGAGAAGGCGGACGGGCCGUGCGAGGUCGAGUAUGUGUGGGUUUAAGUCAAGCGGGCUUUUAGUUGGGGGUGAGGGGGUGAAUAUCAGAGUGCCUUUAUGA